CGCCUCCUGCGGGUGCCAGAGGCAGGCGGGCAGCACGGAGUCUGCGGUGGCGGUGGCCGCGGUGCUGGCCCUGCGGGGCCCCGGGGGGGAGGGGGAGCCGCGAAGCCCCCGCUGAGGCCGCCGCGGCCGGGCCUCCCCUCCCCCCCUGUGCGGGCGGGCGCCAUGCGGGGGGGCCCGGGCGACGCGGAGAGGCGGCAGCGUUGGGGUCGCCUCUUUGAGGAGCUGGACAGUAACAAGGAUGGCCGCGUGGAUAUGCACGAGUUGCGCCAGGGGCUGGCCCGGCUGGGCGCGGGCGACCCGGACCGCGGCGCCCAACAGGGCAUCUCUGCAGAGGGCAGCGAUGCCAACGUGGGGCUGGACCUGGAGGAGUUUAUCAGCUACCUGCAGGAGCGCGAGCAGCGCCUGCUUCUGCUCUUCCACAGCCUGGACCGCAACCAGGACGGUCAUAUCGAUGUCUCUGAGAUCCAGCAGAGCUUCCGAGCAUUGGGCAUUUCCAUCACCUUGGAGCAAGCUGAGAAAAUUCUACACAGCAUGGACCGAGAUGGGACGAUGACCAUUGAUUGGCAGGAGUGGAGGGACCACUUCUUGUUGCAUUCGCUGGAGAAUGUGGAAGACGUGCUCCACUUCUGGAAACAUUCCACGGUGCUGGACAUCGGGGAGUGCCUGACGGUCCCCGAUGAGUUUUCCGAGCAGGAGAAGAUGACAGGCAUGUGGUGGAAGCAGCUGGUGUCCGGCGCGGUGGCGGGGGCCGUGUCCCGAACGGGCACUGCGCCUCUGGACCGUCUCAAGGUUUUCAUGCAGGUUCAUGCCUCCAAGACCAACAAGCUCAACAUCCUGGGGGGGCUCCGCAGCAUGAUCCAGGAAGGGGGCGUGCGCUCCCUGUGGCGAGGAAACGGCAUCAACGUGCUCAAGAUCGCCCCAGAGUCCGCCAUCAAGUUCAUGGCCUAUGAGCAGAUAAAGCGGACCAUCCGUGGACAGCAGGAGACCCUCCGGGUGCAGGAGCGCUUCGUGGCGGGUUCCCUGGCCGGUGCCACGGCCCAAACCAUCAUUUACCCCAUGGAGGUGCUGAAGACUCGGCUGACCCUGCGCCGAUCGGGCCAGUACCGGGGCCUCCUGGACUGUGCGCGGCGGAUCCUGGAGCGCGAGGGCCCACACGCCUUCUACCGCGGCUACCUGCCCAACAUGCUGGGCAUCGUCCCCUACGCGGGCAUCGACCUGGCCGUCUAUGAGACCCUGAAGAAUCACUGGCUCCAGCAGUACAGCCACGAGUCUGCGAACCCCGGGAUCCUGGUCCUGCUGGCCUGCGGCACCGUGUCCAGCACGUGUGGUCAGAUUGCCAGCUACCCGCUGGCCCUGGUCCGUACCCGGAUGCAGGCGCAAGCUUCCGUUGAGGGCGCCCCGCAGUCAUCCAUGCUGGGGCUGCUGCGCCACAUCCUGGCCCAGGAGGGCGUGCGGGGCCUCUACCGGGGCAUUGCCCCCAACUUCAUGAAGGUCAUCCCGGCCGUGAGCAUCUCCUACGUGGUCUACGAGAACAUGAAGCAGGCGCUGGGGGUCACGUCCAGGUGAGGGACCGGAGCCUGACCCCCGCCGCCCACCCCAGUCACUGCACGACCAGGGGAGCCCCAGCGCCCCCCCCCUCCACACACACACACACACACACACACACGCACACACACUCAGCCGGCAGGAUCCCCGCAGGCCAGCGAGGGGCACCUGCGUCUUCACAUUCCAGCCCCUGGAUCUCACGUCGCCCUGCCCUGCCCAGCGGGUCCCAGAUGACCGUGUCUUAACCACCCAAACCCUCUCAGGGGUCCCGAGACCCUCACCACAGGAGCACACCGCCUCUCGUAGCCAAGCGCCCAGCAGCCCCACACCUCCAUCCGGUGUCUUCAUGCCACCCUAGAUCCCAGAUCCCCACCCCACUGGUGGAUUCUAGAUUCCCUCAUGCUUCCCGCCCUUGGAUUUCCAAGCUCAGCCACUGGAUUUUGGACGCUCAAGAGACCUCAGUCACUGGAUCAAUGCAAUGCCUAGAUCUGGGGGUGUCCCUCCCCCAUGACACUGGAUCCCAGAUCCCCUGACCUCGCCCACUGGAUCCCCAGAGUCCUUUGCCUUGACACUGCUUCCUGGAGCCUUCCGCUACAAAUCACCAGAUCCCUACAUUCCAAUCCUCUUCCUGACCCACUAGAUCCCAGAUCCCCCGGUCCCAACCCACUGGGUCCCGGAUCCCAUGAUCCCAGAUCCCCGGAUUUCAGCCCACUGGAUCCCAGGUUGCCAGGUACCAACCCACUGGCUCCUGGCUCCUAAAACCACUACAAGAAGAGUCCAGUAACAGAGCUCGUGGAUCCUGGUAGCUCUCGGGGCCUCACCGCCAAGGAGGCCAACAGGGACGUUUCCAGGCACCGGAUUUCCCAUCCAACCCCUGGUUCCCACCCUGAUCGAUCACCUCCCCCACCCGGCACCGGAUCCCACGCACGCAGACCCCACACCUAGAUCCCAAUGAAUCCAACCCACAGAGCGUCCCCCCAGCACACCCACCGCCAUAGUGAGGCGCACCCCCAGGUCCUAAGGGGCCUGCAGGGAAGCCGGGUGCUGGCCUCCUCGUCCUCCAGACAUUCCAGGGGACAGGGCGCGGGUCCCCAGGUGACCCCCUGCCUCCCGGCGCUGUGUAAAAGCAGCUCCCCCCAAUUCACAAUUUUUUAGUGGAGGGGAUAAGAGUUCCCCGCCCCCUCCCCACCUUACAGCCUGGGUCCCUCUGAAGGAUUCGGGUGCCGCCCAUUCUUUGGGACCAGCGGGGAAGUCCUCUGAGAUGAUUUGUGGAGGGGAACCCCCUCCCCCCCGCCCAGCACUGCCGGCUCCCCCCCAGGUGCCAGGAUCAAGAGGGUCCAGACCACCUCCCAGUCACCCCAAGCUCCCAACAAUGUAAACACAGGCACGCACAAGCCAAAUGCCCCCCCUUAACUCCAGGCCUAUUUUUCUAUGAGAGAAGUACCCCCCCACACCUGCUCCACCCCCCAGCACCCUGCCUCCCCACCCCCCACCCCUCACCCCCAUCCUGAUCCAUUUUGCACUUUAGAGUUGGAUCCUGAGCUUAGGAUCACUGGGGGACCCGUUUCUUACAUCUGGGGGGGGAGCCCCAUUAAAAGGCCACAGAAGAGGAGCUGAAUGUUUGGGAGACUGGAGGACCCCCCCCAAGACUUCCCCCACCCCUCCACCUCGCCCCUGUGUGUGUUAUUUCAAACUAAGAGAUCAAAAGAAAUACAUUUUUCUAAGCUUG